CUUUCGUAUUGUUCUGCUGUCACACCGUACGUUUACGUGGUAAGCUUUAAAUGAAUUGGACAGUUUGCUGUCUCCUGUCAGUACUCUUUUGUUGUGCCAUUGCCGUCGACGAGCCUUUGCGUGACGGCGAGUGUUGUCCACAAGGAUGUUCAUGCAGUCGUGUAGAAGUCAAUUGUCAGUCAAGAUCUUUGACUAGUUUACCAGCCGAGUUAGGCACGUGUGUACCUGUUACUAUCAAAAAAUUGAUGCUGAAUGGCAAUCGUCUUACUGAGAUUCGAGGAUCACCAUUUAUUCGUCUGAAAAGUCUUACCAUCCUGUAUCUGCACGAUAAUCAAAUUCAUCAUAUUGAUCAAGAUGCAUAUAAGGAAUUAAACUUGUUGGAAGUACUUACUCUUCACGAAAAUCAACUAUCAGACCUUCCUAUCGGAGUAUUUGAAUCUACACCAUCUAUGUUACGUUUGUACCUGUAUCGCAAUGUUAUCAAUCAACUUCGUCCUGGUAAUUUUGCUCCAAUGAGACACCUAACAAGAUUAUCGUUACUUGAUAAUAAGCUGAAAACAAUUCCAAAGAAUGCGUUCAAAGGUCUUUUCGCUCUCAAAGAGCUGUUUCUCCAAAUAAAUGAGAUCAGUAGUCUUCAAAUUGGAGCGUUUCAAAAUCUUACGAAUUUGCACUCACUAUUACUUAGCCACAACAAGCUUACAAGACUGGCUCUUGGAGUAUUCUAUGGUAUGGUGAAACUGCAGACACUUGCACUGGACAACAAUAAGAUAGACGAAAUCAACAGUCUAACGUUUGCUGAUGUGAUGUCUCUGAAGGACGUAGAUUUGAGUUAUAACUCACUUCGAAAGAUUACCGUGUUCUCCUUCACGCAGCUAACUGCUCUACGAAAACUAGAUCUUUCACACAAUAAAAUUGCUGAUAUUGAAAGAGGUGCAUUCUAUCGACAAGAGUCACUAAAUAUGCUUAAUUUACAGGGUAACAUGCUGAAGUACGUCAAUAGAGACAUCUUUCUCAACUUAGCGUUUCUAAAGCAACUGUACUUGCGUGAAAACAUGAUAAGGUAUUUACCGCCUGGAGCUUUUGAUGCAGCAGAGAGCUUGGAAGAAUUGAUGUUAUACGACAACGAGUUGACAAACAUCACCUGUGGCACAUUCAGGGGUCUGCAUAAACUGAAGAUGUUAAACUUGGGUGCGAAUCAAAUUGAAUGGAUAGCCGACGGAGCCUUUUCAGAGCUGAGAUCGCUCACUUACUUGUACGUGUAUUUCAACUACAUUUCUGUUAUCACGAAGGACAUGUUUGCCGGUCUCAGUCGACUUCAGUUUCUCCAGGUUCAAUGUAAUAGAAUCGAGUAUGUGGAAGAGAGCGCUUUCGCGAACCUCAACAGUUUGCUCGGCUUUGAGUUUGUUCAUCCCCUGUGUCCUAGUCUUUUACCUUGCGACUGCAAUUCAGUCUGGCUGCAAGACUGGAUUAGAGAGCGAAAGGACAAGUCGCAGAACAGAUUCUCCGGCGUCAUCUUCUGCGCCUCGCAGAAGACUAAUCAAAGUCAAUUUAACAUUCUGGAUUUGAACAAAGAGCUCUUUACUUGUGAGUUGCCUACUCUUUCUGUGCGCAAGAGUGUUGAGGUUGUACCGGUUGGAGGAUCAGUCACUUUGUCAUGCCAGUCGAGCCCGGCGUCGCGCUAUCAAUGGAGCAAGGCUGGAAAGCCGUACACGACGGGCGUCGGAAAGUGUGUUCCGUCCAGCGGACAGUUGGAGUUAAAAGACAUGAAGCAAGAGGACGGAGGGCAGUACGUAUGUCUCGGUAAAACUAAAAACUGGCUAGUCGCUGAGUGCAUUGACGUAGUUGUUUCUGUUCCUCCGUUUGUGUUACGUCGCAUUGAAGACGUGUAUUUGAGUGGCCCCGGUAAAACAGCUCAGUUCACGUGUGACGUCGACGGUACACCCAAACCGGAGAUUCUCUGGUUCAAGAACGGAAACGAGAUUGCAAGUUCAGAAAAGUUUGUCAAAGUAGGAGAGUACCUGUUCAUUCUGAACGCCGGACAAGAAGAUUCUGGCAAUUACAAGUGCAUCGCACGCAACCAGUUAGGAGAAGAAGUCACCCAGAAGGCCAGUCUUGUCGUAGGAAGAAAAGGCAUUUGCAGUCCAGCCUGCUCGAACGGUGGAACUUGUGUUGCCGUCCAGUUUGGUUGCAGCUGUCCUAUCGGAUUCGGAGGAGAUUUCUGCGAAGAGGGCAUGGAAGUCGAUCCCACUGCGUCAGGAAUCAGUGGCAUGAUGCCUACAAUUAGUGGCAUGGGGCCCGACAUCAGUGGCGACAUAAGUGGCGACAUUAGCGGACUAGAACCGGUCACCACCCCUCCGGCUGUGACUCCCGUCACAUCUGCGACUAGAGGCAUUAGCACCGUACCCACUAGAAUCGUCGCAUUGGACGGAACGCUACCGACGAACAACGACAUCGCUAACACAGUACCCGCCAAGAACAACGACAACGUUCCCGUCCAGAGAGCAAAGGGAAAAGGCGAGGGUGGCAGUGAGGUCCCACAAAGUAGCAAUAAAAGCAGCGGUGGUCGCUCAUCGAACCCUACGAAGGCUGGAGGCGAAGUCGCGGUGGGAAAAACCGAGAAGAAUCCUCGACCUGCGUAUCGUCGACGCCGCCGUGCAAAGAGAGCGCUUUUCAUUAGCGACUUGUAUCGUUUCAAGCGUCACUUUUCGCGCUCUUCCUGACUGUCGCGUUUCUUGGGGCACAGAUUGAUAAGUUGAGAACUACGACGCCUGACUGUCGCGUUUCUUGGAGCACAGAUUUAUAUGUUGGGAACUACGACGCUGGUAAUGCGAAUGUACUUGACGAAUGCAAAGUCACGAUAGUCUAUAUUAGCUUCGUUUCUAAGAGAUUCUAUGUUUUCCUUUCA